GCCACUUCCUACAUUAUUUCUGCUCAGAGGAGAGAGAGAGCGGUCUUAGUUUGAACAAAAUGGCUGUAAGAACGCUGUCAACGAUAGCUCACUGAACGCAUUAUGACUGUCCACUCCUACAUUUGGAUUUUUCGAGAAUGUAUUUUCUUGGAUUCGUUUUUCAAUUUGCAUUCGUAGUAGCAAGGUCGUCGGUCAGAUGUUGUUGCUAACCUGCUAGCUCCUCAGCUAGCGGCCUAAACACAAAUUAUUUCAUUUUGCACUUUAACCCAAGUUGGCUAGCUAGCUAGCAAUUUUCGUCGACAAUUUACUGAAAUCUGCCUGUUUUCUUUCAUUUGCAAAUUACUCCUUACAACAGUCGAUGACUAAUGCCAACUAGCUAACGUUAACAACUCAGCUACUUUUUGAGUCGAAUUGUUUGUGUUGCUUUUUCGUUUUGCUGCUUUUUUUUUUUUUUCUAUAACGUGAUACUUUUGACGUUUAGCAUUGUUUUGUGUUGCGAAAAUUGUCCUUUUAGUGCAUCGUUGCGCUAAAAUACAAAGUUCUUGCUGUGUGUUUUUUCAAGUCUCGACCUCGGUAUUUUUGUUAUGAAGCGGCUCGAACAGUUAUCCAGUCAGUCAGUAAGCCCCUGCAGCACGAGAGCUGAAGGUGGCUAAUGCUAGCUAGCUGGAUAACUGCGAAGACUCAAUUCCUGAUUUGUCAUUUACGGGUAUUUUUCGAAAAAGGCACAGGAGAAUGCUUUUCUGCAUCAUUCUCUGCCAUGCACCAACUUUGUAUUGAAAGCUGCCAAAGCUCAACGUGUGAUUACGCAAGCUGAGAGAAGCUAAUAACACGAGAAGAGAACCAUUUGAUGGAAGAAAAUACAAAUAAAAAGCAAGAAAAGACCAAGAAGGAAGCUGCUCAGAAACAGGCUGCUGACCUGAAAACCAAAGUGCCAGAGCCAGCUAAGCCCAGCCCCAGUCCCCUCCACCACCCCACCACCUGUGUGACCCUGCCCCAGGCCUCACACCCCCCCUCCUCCUCCUCUUCAGUCAGAACCAAUGGGAAGCGCGCCCCCCCUAGCACCCAGCAAACACCACAGCAGCAGACCCCACCUCAGCCUCCGUCAUCGUCCUCAGGCCCCCGCUACCCGCCCCGUGAGGUGCCCCCGCGUUUCCGCCAGCAGGAGCACAAGCAGCUACUGAAGAGGGGCCAGCCACUGCCCGCCGGAGCCCUGAGUAGCCUCACAGUGACCCCCGCCUCCAACCCGCUCACCCCCGGUGCCCCAGCUUCUUCCUCCUCCUCCGCAGGCAAGCGCCACACAGACCUGCCCUUCCAGAGUGGUCCUGGUGCCCAGUAUGAGAAUCCCCACUGGGGAGCCUUACCACCAGCCACCGACCGCAGCAGCACCACCAGUAGUAGCUGGGAUCAAGUGAUCAUUGACGGGAGCGACACCGAGGCCUGGCCCUCCAUCAGUCGCAGCAGCGACAGCCGACCAGCGAAUCCUUCAGAAUGUGCCACAGCCGCUGACUAUACAAACCCAGAGACCAGCAGCAACAUGAGCAUGGCCGCGGGGGCUACUAGCCAGCAGGCCCACUACCCCUCUCUCAAAGCUAACGUCACUAACGUAGCUAGCAUGAUGCAGCCUGGCGGUGGCCAGGGAGUUGGCGCCAUCGGCAGCAGGGGCUGGGGCUCCGGAUCAGGCCCUAUCACCAUGGCUCCCACUGAGGGAGCCAAACCCGACGGCCUAGGGCCCAACAUGGGCCGGAGUGGAAGAGCACCUGGCUGGAACUCCCAGUCCAGCUUUAGCCUGAACCUGAACCCCAACGCCAACCCCUCGGCCUGGCCCGUGCUGGGGCAAGAGGGGGCUGGAGACGGCCCCAACCCCGCCUCACUACCUCCCAACGGCAGCCUGGGCAACGGUAGCCUGGGAGGGGACGAGAACAACAGCAGCAGCACCUGGGGAGGCAUGAUGAGCCCUGACGCCCCGUCCUCCAAUAAGAAUGUGUCUUUCAGCAGCAUGGAACAUUCCAACCUUAACACUGAGGGACAAAACAGCCACCACACUAAGCAGCCACUCAGCCCCAUCCACGGCCUGCCUGGCUGGGGAGGCCAGUCUCCUACAGAGUCCUCCCAGCUCAACGGAGACGCAGGGAGCUCCGUCUGGGGCAACGGAGACACCAAGACAUCCGCUGACUCCUCCUCCAAGAACUCAGGCUGGGACUCGGCACCCUCCGGAGGCAUGUCCGGCUGGGGCCACUCUGGCAGCGGAGGAGGCGCGAGUGGCGGUGGAGAAGGAGGCUGGGGAGGAGACUGGGGGAAGCCCUCCAGCGGUGAGGCCAAAGGAGGCUGGGAUUCCUCAGAUGGCCCAGCCCAGGACCAGCAGGUGAGCUCCUGGGGCCAGCCAAUCCCGGCCCCGACUAGUGAGGGUAGCGGAAGUGGCGGCAGUGAGGGGCGCUCCCACCGCAGGGACAGGACCGGCAGCGAGGACGGAGGCCCCCCUCCCCUUCCUCGGCAGGACCUUGACCCCCGGGUGCUGUGCAACACAGGCUGGGGCCAGACGCCCGUCCGCCAGCACACCUCCUGGGAGAUGGAGGAGCAGCGCGCCGCCAAUGAGAGGAAGACCAGCGAGAUGAGGGGAGGCGGUGGAGGGGACACUUGGAGGGGCUCCAGCCCCUCUUCCGGAUCCCCACCGGACCCCCGGAACGGGGGAGCCAACCCUAACUUGGGACCAUCUCAGAGGCCAGGCUCAGGGGGCUCCGGAGGCAAGAGCGAGGGACCCUCAGGCUGGGGAGGCCCUCCACCCUCAGGCUGGGGGGAGCAGCCUGUCAACAAGGCCCCCAACGGUUCCGUCAGUGGCUGGGGGGAGCCCAUGGCCCAAGGCCACAACACCACAAACAAUGGCCCCAAGAGUGGAGUUCAAUCCUGGGGUGUCCCUGAGGGGAAGUCCUCCCCUACCUGGGACGACGGGCCAGCGAAGACCCAGCAGAACCAGUCCCAGAGCUGGGGAGAGGGUCCCAAGUCUUCCCACGGCUGGGGCUCCGGCCACGGAAGUGGCAGCCGUGGCUCCAAUGGCUCCAACGGCUCCAAUGGAGGAGAGUGGAGAGAACCGGCCGAGGUGAAGAAGAAUGGAUCCUCCAGCCACAUGUGGGAAGGAGAAGGAGGGAAUGGACGAGAAGGAGGAGGGUGGAAGGACAGCACCAGAGGAGGUGGAGGAAAUGGGGGCGGCUGGGCGUCGAAGCCUGCCUCUGCUGUUGGAGGUGGUGGCUGGGGGGAGACCCAACAUCCCAACAGCCCAGCACCAGGAUGGGGCUCCAAGCCCCAGGAAAGCCCCAACGGCCCAGCACCAGGAUGGGGCUCCAAGCCCCAGGAAAGCCCCAACGGCCCAGCACCAGGAUGGGGCUCCAAGCCCCAGGAAAGCCCCAACGGCCCAGCACCAGGAUGGGGCUCCAAGCCCCAGGAAAGCCCCAACGGCCCAGCACCAGGAUGGGGCUCCAAGCCCCAGGAAAGCCCCAACGGCCCAGCACCAGGAUGGGGCUCCAAGCCCCAGGAAAGCCCCAACGGAAAUAGUGGAGGUGUUGGAACAGGAGGAGGCAGCAUGGGGUCCUGGGGCGGCCCUGCAUCUGUAAGGCAGAGUUCCAACCCCGGCUGGGGCCCGGGGAGCUCUGUAGCCAAACCCGACCCAGCGAUGGAGCCCACCGGCUGGGAGGAACCCUCUCCUCCCUCCAUCCGCCGCAAGAUGGAGAUCGAUGACGGCACGUCCACCUGGGGAGACCCUAGCGCCUACAACAAGACUGUGAAUAUGUGGGACCGCAACAACCCCACUGGAGGUAACGGUAACCAAGGCAACAACCCCACCCAGCCGCCGACCAGCAAGAGCAACGGAGGCAUGGCCGUCAACAGCCACAACCACUCCUCCGUCCCCCCUAGCAACAACAAUCACCACCACAUGAACCACCACCACCCGCACCACGGACAGCCCCCGCCACACAGCCAGCACCACGGCAACAAUGGAUCCCCCAACACCGCCGCCCCGCACCAGGGCGGUGGACCCCAGGGCAGACCACCUAUGGCCAACCCAGGCUGGGGGGAGCUGCCCAGUGUCCAGCAGCCCAAGCCAGAGCCAGCAUGGGGGGAGCCCGCUGGCCCCUCUCCUGCAGUGGACAACGGCACCUCUGCCUGGGGCAAACCCCCUGGUGUUCCUGGAGGCUGGGGCGAUGGGGGGCACGGAGGGCACGAACCCAAUGGACCCUACAGGAGGGGCAACAACGGCCCCUCUGGACCGGCCCCCUGCAAGCCAGCCCCCAAAUCUAUGCAAGACGGCUGGGGAGGCGGGAGGGAGGAGGAGAUGGGCAUGUCUUCUGGCCAAUGGGAUGCUGACGCCGGAGACAUGUGGAACAGCCCCGCCUCCCAGGAGAGCAGCUCCUCCUGUAACUCGUGGGGCCAGCCGCCCAAGAAGGGCCCGCCCAAGGGCAAGAUGGGCAACCAGCCAGACGAAGCCUGGAUCAUGAACCGUCUCAUCAAGCAGCUCACUGACAUGGGCUUCCCGAGGGAUCCUGCCGAGGAGGCUCUGAAGAGCAACAACAUGAACCUGGACCAGGCCAUGAGCGCUUUGUUGGAGAAGAAGACUGAACUGGACAAGCGGGGCAUGGGCAUGUCAGACUACAACAACGGGAUGAACAAGCCGUUGGGUUGCCGUCCCCAGGCCCUCUCCAAAGACCCCUCCUCGGACCGCAGCCCAUUCCUAGACAAGGACGGUGGUUUGUCAGAUGACGCCCCCCCCUCACCGUUUCUGCCUUCUCCCGUCAGCCUGAAGCUCCCCCUGGUUAACAACCUGCAGCCUGGGCUGGCCCUGGGCUCCCCGGGGCUCAACAUGCAGAACUUGAACAACAGACAGAUGCAGAGUGGAAUGUUGGGCAGUAGUGGAGCAGCACUAUCCCGGGCCAUGCAGCAGCAGCCUCCUCAGCCGUCAGUGCCGCCUCUCGGCUCCUCCCAGCCUAGUCUCCGCGCUCAAGUGCCUCAGUUUCUCACCCCUCAGGUUCAAGCACAGCUCUUGCAGUUUGCCGCAAAAAACAUUGGUCUGAACCCUGCACUUUUAACCUCACCAAUAAACCCUCAACAAAUGACCCUGUUGUACCAACUUCAGCAACUGCAAAUGGCGUACCAGCGUUUACAAAUCCAGCAGCAGAUGAUGCAAGCUCAGCGCAACGUCUCCGGCCCCAUCAGACAACAAGAGCAGCAAGUUGCACGUACAAUCAAUAACAUGCAGCAGCAGAUCCAACAGCACCAGCGUCAGCUGUACCAGGCCCUGCUGAUGAAGCAGCAGCCCCCCGGCUCCCACUCCGGCCUGCACCCGGGCCAAGGCAAAUCAGCCCUGGACUCGUUCCCAGGCCACCCCCAGGCUCCGGGCCUCUCCGACCUGCACACCAAAGAGCCGCAGUCUUCUCCCAACUCCUACAGCCCCUACCCCCUCUCUGGACUCAAUCCAAACAUGAAUGUAAACUGCAUGGAGGUGGGGGGCCUGUCCAUGAAGGAGCCCCCCCAGCCCCAGUCCCGUCUGUCCCAGUGGACCCACCCCAACUCCAUGGACAGCCUCUCUGGAAACUCCUCCCACAUGGAGGCCAACCUCAAUAAGCAUGGUGCCAUUUCUGCUGCUUCUAACCUGGGCCCCCCUGGAAAGCCUCCCCACAUGGAUGACUCCUACAGCCCAUACAGUAUGAUGGGUGGGUCUGAGUCUCCCACCUCCCCCCUGGUUCCCCCUGACAGCUGGGGCCAGGGACCAGGAAAGAGCCCCAAGGACCAGAUCACCAAUGGAACGAAUAUCAACUGGCCCCCAGAGUUCUGUCCAGGCGUGCCCUGGAAGGGCCUGCAAAACAUUGACCCUGAGAACGACCCCAACAUGACCCCAGGAAGUGUACCCAGCGGCCCCACCAUCAACACCAACAUCCAGGACGUCAACCGCUACCUGCUCCGGGACCGCAGCGGAGGCUCCUCCCCUCCUUCACCGCCUCAGAACGGUGCUCUGCCCCCCUCCACGGACUGGCCAGUCAGUGGCUGCUACACUAGCUCUUUCAGUCUGUCCUCCCCGGAUGAGGAGUGUGCAGGUAAACUAUCUGACAUGAAGUCCACCUGGUCCCCGGGGCCCAUCUCCCACCCCUCCCAGGCCUCUCUAUCCCACGAGCUGUGGAAGGUCCCCCAGGGGCCCCGUAACAACACAGCCCCUUCAAGACCCCCUCCGGGCCUCACCAACCCUGCCAAGCCCUCCUCCACCUGGGGAGGAAACUCCCUGGGCCUGGCCCAAGGCUGGAGCAGCUCGUACACCUCAGAGGGCACCACCUGGAGCACAGACAGCUCCAACAGGACCAGUAGCUGGCUGGUACUGAGGAACCUCACCCCCCAGAUAGACGGCUCCACCCUGCGGACGCUGUGCAUGCAGCACGGCCCCCUCAUCACAUUCCACCUCUUCCUGACCCAGGGAAACGCUGUGGUGCGAUAUAGCUCCAAGGAGGAGGCUGCCAAGGCCCAGAAGUCCCUGCACAUGUGUGUGCUGGGGAACACCACCAUCCUGGCGGAGUUUGCCGGGGAGGAGGAGGUGAACCGCUACUUUGCACAAGGCCAGCAGCAGCUCCCGCCCACCACCAGCUGGCAGCCCAACCCCGGCACCAAUCAGACGCGCAUGGGAGGAGGCGGAGGUUCGCAGCAGCACGCUAUUGGCCAUCACUGGAGCAGCGGUGGUGGGGGCCUGGGGGGAGGAGCCAAGACGGGCGGAGGCGGAGACCUCCUGUGGGGGGGCGUGCCCCAGUACUCCAGCCUGUGGGGGCCCCCUAGUGGCGAUGACAGUCGUGGCGUCAUCGGGAGCCCUAACCCCAUCAACACGCUGUUGCCAGGCGACUUGCUGAGUGGAGAGUCCAUGUAGGACAACACACUAACGAACCAACCAUGAGGAUGGAUGUUUCAACGCUGGAACAGACAGUGGAAAAAUAUGAAUAAUAAAUACAGAAAUACACAAAAAAAUGACAAUGAACAGGAGCAAAACCAAGCAAAUCAUGUGGCGAUAAUCAGUAUCAACGGAACUGUGAAUCGUGUACCGGAAGGCUGGGGGCGACGACACAAGACUGCUGACCCCUACACCCUUCGGUUUUUACGUUUUCUUCUUUUUAGUUGUCUUUUUAAAAGGGGAUUUUGUUUUUAGUAUUUGUAAAUGUUGGAAGCAAACAAAAAUGUAAUGUCAAAAAGACUCAAUGAAGAGAGAACCAUUAAGUGUUUUUAAGUUUCCAUGAAUAUCGCACAUUCUGUGUGAAGUGUUAAGGAGAAGCAAUCGAAAAAGCUGCCAUUUUGAAUCUUUCCUUUGCCCACGAAGCUCCAAAUUGAUUUAAAAAAAUACCAUUCCCAGCAUGCCCGUGGCCAAUGAUGUGGUUCAAAGACCUUUUAAUUAUGUUGUUUUGUUUCCAAGCACUAAUAUUAGCCUUAAGUGCUCUACUGCGGCCCAGGUCCUCCUUCAAUCUCAAGCCUUUUUCAUUGUUUUGAAACUGAAGAAAAAUUGUAUGAGUUUAAAAGCUUGCACAGUUCCCAUCUCUGAGCCAGUGAAUGGAACAGAACAAGUGUGAUCAACCAAGGUCGUAUUCACAAGGAACGAAAUGGAAGCAAACGGACCGAAACUGAGGGACUACCUGAACUUUGUCCAAUAAGAAAAGCUUGUUUUCGCAUGCUGUUGCAAAACGUUUUGCCACGUGUGCACUAAUGAAUACGACCCCCCCCCCAAGUCACUCGGCAGUAUGAGGCCUGUCAACACUGACCCAACCAAUCAUCAGUUAAAACCUUUUCUGUUUUUUGGGUCGUUCAUUUGUUCUUAAAGGGAUUUACACUGCUGUUUUUUGUUCUUUUUGUAUAUCCAGGCGCGUUUUUAUAUCUAUCGCAACAUAAACAGAGAUUAUUACACAUUGACCGACCUAGCUGCGUCUGUUUUAUGUGUGCUUGAGUAUAUGUCCGAUGGAACCUAAUCAUUCACGUCUGGGAGUUCAGAUUACCACUGCUCAGAAGAACUAUGACUUCAGCUAUACUCACCUAACGGGACUUACAGGUGCUUCUUGUCAAUUAACAUUAUUAGUCGAUUCCGUUGUUGACCCUCUCGUCCCCAUUAUGGUCCACCAAUUUCUGGAAACGACGACAAAAAAACGCUUCAACUUGAUGUGACAGUUACAUUGUGCAAUAUAUACGCCACAGACCCUUCUUCCGUCCACGCUCAAGUCAAAACAGGAGCUGGUUUCUUUACAUUUUUUGUUCUUGAUUUUUGUUGUCGUUGUUGAUCUAAGCAAAGAACUUAAGAACUACAGAAACGUUACCUUUGCUCAUUUUUGAUUCCCACCAGGUCGCCCCCUUGACCCCACCCCCUAAGAAAAACUAUUGCGGAGAGGAGCGAGGAUGGUGUUACUAUUAUAACUGUGCAUUCAGAAACGGUCCCUGCAGCCCUGAAACUCCUCAUUGAUCUGGGUUACAUGAGAAAGCACCAUCAGAAAGCCCUUCCUCUCCGCGUUGCCACAGCCACACCGAACAGACUGAGGGGAGUCACUGGAGGGGCACAAUACCAAAUAAGAGGGGUUUCUCCUAAUGCAGUAGAUCUACUACGAGUGUUCCUUGUAAUUGGUACUGUACAAAAAAUGUAAAAGAGAGACUAACCUUUUGUCCAUUUGAAAGGGUUUUAUCAUAGCACUUAUAAAGAGAGCUAAACGCUUCAACUUGCAAACCAGUAAAUCAGAAAAAUGGAGCAGCAACUUUGAAAACUGAAAAAAGACAAAAAAAAGAACUUGUUCUUUUUGUACUGUAUCUAUACUUGGAAAUAACUUCUGACAUUUGUUUGUUCCUCUUUGGUCCAAGGACUUGUAUGAACUUUGAAAUGGUAGCAGGAUGAAGAGAGAGAAAAAAAAUGGAAAUCUACUUUUAUCUGACAACAAAAAAAGUCUGCCGUGUAUGAUUUUUUUUCUAAAGACAUUUCCUUUUAACUAUAUCAAAGUGAAUAUCACUGUUACUCCAAAAUGUUUAGCCUUUUUCUUGUCUGGAGAUGCUAGACAUGCAAUGUUACCUGUCUCCGGCCAACGGUCGGUCGGAGUGGGGAGGGGCAAUGGUCACGGUCCACUGAGUGCCUCUCUGCUGUGGUGCCCAUGGCGACGGUCGCUAGGCAAGGCUACCCCCACAGCAGCAUUUCCUCCUGGGCUUGCACCAAGCUCUCUCAUUGGACACCCUCAGCCCGGCAGGAAACCACGCUCCCUCCAAGACUGGCCAAUCAGCACGGAGCUAGCUAGCUAACGACCGCGCCAGCAGCACUCGACCUUGUCUCAACCAACCCUCUCCAUUUCCCCUAAUCUUCUUUCACACAAAGAUCACUUUAGCUGGAAGUCAAGAGACAGUCAAAUUUCUGGAAUUUUGCCAGUGUUUGAUGAAUUUUAUUUAGUUUUCAUUUGACGUUGUGUAUUUUUUGGUUUAUUUUUGUCUACAUGCAGUGGUCUUUUCAAGGUGGCUGCUUGAAACUAGCCCUUUUCACUGUUCAUAUGCAGAAACACUUUGGUCAGAGGUGCCUCUGUAUGUUCAUCCUGUGUAUUGGAUGCAAACGAGGAUCAAUACUACAGCCCGUCAUUGAUUGUCUAUUAUUAGUUAGUAUCUUAACUGAUUGAUUGAUCAUUGCUUUGUUUUGGACAGUAUGCUGUAGUACUUCCAGGUAGUAUCUCAAGAUGUGUAAGUUAGACCAAUAGGGUGUCUCAGAUGGGUGAGUGUGUCCUGCCUAUCUGCUCCACCUGGGUUCUGCCAGGGCUGUCCCCUUGCCCCCUCACACAGCUGCUACGCUACACCCUCCUCCAGUCCCCUCCAAAGCAACCAACCUAGACCACGGCCCUCUCCUUGACCAGACAUAAAAAGCGACUCAGUUCUGUCUCUAUGCAAAAGACUAGAGGCUGCGGGCCCUUUACAGCCAACGUGCCAAUCCUGCCCUAAGGAUUGAGCACCGACUCACAGCGCUAGACCCAACGACCUCCUGAUGUAUGUACCCUUCAGCACUUAGAACAUGUCUGCUCCUGGUCCUUAUAGCUGGGUUUAAACCACAACACUGUCGUAUUCCAAACUUCCACCCUCCCUCUAUGGGGAGUUAGUACCACUGGAGUGGAGGUAUAGUAGGCCUCUCUUUACUGUGCUGAAGAAGACUGAUCUCCUGUCAGCUUGAUCUCAGGGUAGGAGACGACGUUAAAAGAUGCAGCUCUCUCUGUAUGUAUGUCCUUUUGCUGUAGUGUAAGAGAGCCAAGUUCUACACUAACUAAUGGCAAGCUGUGCCGUAGUACUUGUAUUGGCUGGAGAAUUGUUUUUUGGGAAUGGAAUAGUAAUGAAUUCCCUUCCCAACUAUGUUACAAUGUAGAGGCCCAUUCUGCAUGUAAGAUGCCUAUGUUAUCCUAUGUGCCAAUACCAAAAAAUAUAUAAUCUAUAAAACUAGCCCAUGUUAUACGAUCUGGAGAAAGAGCUCUUCUCUCUGGAUGGAGGAUCUUUGAUAACCUUUGUGAUGGAGGCAGGGGGGCAGGAGGGAUCAAACAGAUGGGUGGAGGCAACACACCUCAUCCUGGACUCCUGAGAUAAUAUGGCUUGUGUCUCAAAUGGCACCCUGUUCACUAGGUAGUGCAUUAUAUAGGGACAUAGGGUGCCAUUUAGGCAGUCUUUGCUUUAGUGGGGAAUGCCCCGUUGUUGAGGAUAAAAUCUUUACUGAGUUUGCGGGAUCCAAGUAUGCUACGGUGCACAGUCAGUUUGACGGGUAAUCCCGGGUACAUAUUUUUUUAAACCAAAAAUGAAAUUCAAUUUUAACGUCAUUUUUAAUAUGAAGUUUGACACAAAAUCUAAAAAAUAAAAAUAAAAAAGUACAAAAAUCAAUAACAUCUAUAAUAUGUUAGAACUAAAGCGCUGCACUUCUAGCUGAAAUGUCUCCAGUCCUCUAACUUCCAGAAUGCAGGCUGGGGAGCCUUUUUGUGGAUGCUGUAUUUAUCCUAUUUGUUAGUGUUUCCGCCCAAAGCAGGCCCACAACUGUAUAUUUCCACAGACCCAGAUGGCUUCGGGCCCACUGUAUCAGCCCAGGUCGCUCGCCUCACUGCGUCUGCGGUGGGCAACGAGAGGGGGCGCAUUUCAAAAAGGUACAAAAAUUCUUUACAAAAAAAAAAAAAAAAAAAUGGGAUAAGGCUACCUUUUGGGACUCUGUGAGGUGUCCAGCAGCACACUAGCAAAAAUCACUAUUGCCUGUUUCUGUAACUGCCUUGAUCCAAGCUCAGAGAGACCAAUUAGCUGGGUGGGGGCCUCCAAACGUCCGCUCGGUGUGGGGGGGAAAACCCCUGCUGCACCAGCACUGAGUGGCACGCCGUGCGCUCUCGCUACAGCUUAACUAUAGAUAGGUGUGUGUGUGUGUGUGUGUGUGUGUGUAUAUAUAUACACAUGUACGUACGGUGUGUGGUAGGUAGCACAUCAACAGACACCUUGGAUCUCAACCUCCUGAAACCUUUUGUUCCUUUUAAAAGGUCUGGGUUCAAUACAAACUGAAGAUGAGCAAUAUUUAUUCCCCUCCGCAAAUAAGUGAUACGAAGGAAAUGGAAUGGGGUUAGGGGUUAAACUGGUACUUGAUGGAUCAUGAGUAAUGUCUUUCCUACCUGGAGUUGGAUAUGCACGUUCUGGAUUUAUGAACAUAUUACAGUAAAGUACCUUGAAGUACUUGUAUGUGAAUUUGUCUAAACAACCCAACCUGAAAUCUCCUGUUUUUUAAAUGCAUACUUUCCCAGUAGAGAAAAAUAUCAUUAAACAUAUCAACACAAAAAUACACAAAUACUUGAAUCAAGGAGCGCCAAUAACGUAAUGUGAAGUUUGUUUUUUUUUUGUAAAAAAAAAAAGAAAAGUCUGACUUGUACACUUCCAAGCUUUUUGAGGUCAUCAGUUAAAAAAAUAUAUAUAUAUAAAAAAUUAUAAAAAAAUGUGCAAAAAUCAUUUUGUGUGCUUGAAAGUCAAAUGUAUGUGUGCAAACGACUGUGUGCUUGGCAGGCUUAGGACUGCUGUCAUGUUCCAUUCAGUAUGUUGUGUAUUGACAUUGUCUGUUCUUUUAUUCAGUUUAUUUUUUGCUUGUCAACUAUAUUUUGAUAGACAUUGUUAUUAUCUUCUAACAUGGCACUGAGUGUCUUCUACCCCUCACUCAGCUAAUCGUAGACAAACGAGACUAAGUACUGAGGGGAGAGGGUGAUAAUUCAUGUGUAAAUGUUUACUCAAGGACUUAAUGGGGGGAAAAAAACGUGUUUUAUCUGUAAAAUGUUUAUCUACCUUAUAGUGGCUUUUAUUGUGGAAUAAUCCAAAACAAGGAUUAUCAUUGAGUAUUGCACCAUCUUGUUCUGAUUACAUAUAAAUGUAAUGAAAAAAGACAAAAAAUUUACAAUCUAAGAAUUGUGGCCAUAGAUAGUAGUAGGACUAGUAAUCCCUAUGUUAACUUCAUGGAGAAAUGGAAAGGGAUAAUGUGGGGAUGUGAGUUUGUUACAGGACUCAUUUCAGAGGUGCCUAUCUUUUUCUUUUUUCUUUUUUUUUGCAAAGCCACCUGUCGUUUACAAACAUUUCAUUUGUCUGAAGUUGAGGAAAAAGGAAUUUUAUAAUGAAAAUGUUGAAAAAGACAAAUUCCAUCUUCCAUCAAAUGAAUAUGAACAUAAAACCAACUUUGCAAAAUUAAGAUUUAUGCUACUUUCAGAACUCUGGGAUUGAUCAGUGUUGUGUCGUAUUUCAAUUUUUAAUUUCUCUUUUUUGAUGUCGACAGACAUAUGUAUUGAUUUAUUUGAAUUUUGUCUUGUAAAAAGGCAACGCAAUUUGCUUACUAUCUUGCACACUCGUAAAGAUGUGGCUCUUGUCUCGGGAAGGCCAGGAUUUCCAGAGUUCGAACUCCACCAUUUUUAUUUAAAUUUGAGUUUUAAAUUAGAAUAACUUUGAGAAAUCUAACUCCAAGCACUGAAAGGUAGGGAUUUAAAUAGAAUAUGAAAUACCAUUGAUUCUAAAAAUCCGUAGCGGUUACAUAUUUACCAAAUAAAUGACUGAAAAUGAACUUUUUGAGAGAGAAUGUGGAGUGCUUUACAUGAAAAAUCGAUGUAGAAAUUGCUUUACAUUGAAACAAAAAUGAUCAAUGGUUUAAAUUGUCAAAAGGCAGUGAUUUAGUUUUACUUAUGUAUUUUCUUUGAGGUUCCAUCCUGUAACAUUCAGGAGCAUUGUGCAUUACUCUUAUGUCUCUGUUCCUGUGGCAGGUAUUCAAUGUCUAAUAGAUGGUUUUCAGGAGACAGAUUUGAAGUGGAGGGGGGAAGCUGGUUUUUAAAGGCUCAUGAUCUAUGCACAAGUGGGAGGGAGAGUCCAGGCCUGCUUUUCUCUUGGGACUCGUACUCUGGGGUUCGAUGUAGGGGUGUGUCUUUGUUGUGCUAUGUUAGAUUUUCUCCCCCCCCCCCCCCCAUCAGAUUUAUGGCAAAACUUUGUAUUGCUUCACCAUGCUGUGUAAUCCUUAACCAAUGAGCGCUUAUCCUUCUGCUAAAGCACUGUGGGUUAUACUGAGAAAAAGCCCAUGACUUAAGGCAGUCCGGUUUUUGUAUGGGGGAGGAGGUGGUACUCUGCCUUCUGCCUUUUUUAUUUAAGAAAAAAAAAUUUAAGGAGAAAUGUCUGUGCUGAGAAAGUUGUGGCUUUUAUUUUUUCUCCUCAUAGAAUGUAAUUGUUAAUGACAUGCACCGGAAAAAACAUGUUUCCAUAAGUUAUGGCGCUUCUUUCGGACUAUAUUAAUAAAUUGACAUUUUUCUUGGCUGUUAAAAA